AAUCAAAAAAAAGAAGAAAAAAAAGAUAAACACAAAUAAUUGGUAAACAAUACUACUAUAUCUUGUUAUAUUCUUAUUCUCCUUUAACAUUGGAAUUGUAAUAUAUACUACAUAUAUAAGCCAAAAUCAUAAGCCAAAAUCCAGAAAAAUCCAAACAUGGGUGCUAUUGAUUCUGAUUCCCUUCAUUCUUCAACACAAGAUUCAUAUCAUCAACCUCUUCUAAACCAAAGGGUCGAUGAUGAAGAAGAUUCAAAUCCAAAAACCAAAUCACAAAAAAAACUAGCUCUUCUCCCUCUAAUUUUUCUCAUCUAUUUUGAAGUUUCUGGUGGCCCUUAUGGUGAAGAAGCAACAGUAAGUGCUGCAGGUCCACUUUUUGCAAUUCUUGGAUUUGUAAUUUUCCCUUUUAUAUGGAGUAUACCAGAGGCUCUUUUAACUGCAGAAUUAGCUACGACUUUCCCUGGAAAUGGUGGAUUUGUUAUUUGGGCUAAUGAAGCUUUUGGCCCAUUUUGGGGUUCUUUAAUGGGCUAUUGGAAAUUUUUCAGUGGUGUCAUAAAUUUAGCAUCUUUUCCUGUUUUAUGUAUAGAUUACCUCAAACUUGUGAUUCCUGUCUUGUCUUCAGGUUUACCUCGUUAUGUCUCAAUUUUUGUCUCAACUUCUUUGUUGUCUUUUUUGAAUUAUUCAGGUUUAGCUAUAGUUGGUUAUACUGCAGUUGUUUUAGGUGUUAUUUCGCUUUUACCCUUUGUGAUAAUGUCUUUGAUUGCAUUGCCUAAGAUUGAUCCUAGUAGAUGGGUAAGUUUAGGUGAAGAAGGUGUGAAAAAAGAUUGGACACUUUUUUUUAAUACAAUUUUUUGGAACUUGAAUUUUUGGGAUAAUGCUAGUACUUUAGCUGGUGAAGUUGAAGAGCCACGUAAAACUUUUCCAAAAGCUUUGUUUUUUGCUGGAUUGUUAACUUGUUUAAGUUAUAUAAUUCCUUUGUUGGCUACUACUGGUGCUAUGCCACUUGAUCAAAAAGUUUGGGUUGAUGGAUAUUUUGCAAAUGUGGCUUAUUUGAUUGCUGGAAAUUGGUUGAAAUAUUGGAUGGAAAUUGGUGCUGUUUUAUCACUUAUUGGAUUAUUUGAAGCUCAAUUAAGUAGUGCUGCAUAUCAACUUUUGGGUAUGUCUGAUUUGGGAUUUUUACCAAAAGUAUUUGGUGAAAGGUCAAAGUUUAAUACUCCUUGGUUGGCUAUUUUGAUUUCAACAAUAGUAGCAAUGUCCAUGACUCUUUUAAGUUUUACAGAGAUUAUAUCUACUGUGAAUUUCUUGUAUAGUUUAGGGAUGCUUUUGGAGUUUGCUUCUUUCCUUAAGUUGAGGAAAAAGUUCCCUACAAUGAAAAGGCCUUUUAGGGUUCCACUUGGAUUCUUUGGUUUGAUUCUAAUGUGCUUUGUUCCAUCAGUACUUUUGGUUUAUGUGAUGAUGGUUGCUACCAAAAUUGUCUUUGUGGCUAGUGGUUUAUUAACCUUGUUAGGGAUAGUGUUGUAUUAUUUCUUGAAUCUUUGCAAGUCUAAGAAAUGGAUUGAAUUCAAUGGCGUAGGAGAUAAAUUGGAUGAAGAUGAAGAUAUUAUUAUAUAGAAGUUGGGUAUAAUUAUUAUUACUUUGGUUGAAGCAAACUUGUGUAGCAAUUUAUGUAACAUAUUUGUUUAUUUGGGGGGUUGAAGCAAUCUUUGUAAUAAUAUAUGUAUAUUUUUCUGUAGGAGAAAUUGGAUUCUCCUCUGUAACUAUAUGUAAUUUGUUGAACAAACGUCUUAAUGACGAUGUAGAUUCCAUAAAUUAUAUUAUUUUAUUUUAAA